CACAACACUAUCCCUAACCAAAACCAUAACCCCUCACAAUUUUCCCCAUUCACGCGUUUCCUUCAAUAUUUUCUCUCCGAUUAGGUUUUUUAUCCCCUGACUCGGUCUUCGAAUCCUCUUACACAGAGGUUCGAUUUGUACUACGUAGUUGUGGGAUUUUUGCUUCGCCACUAGUUGAUUCCUAAAAUUGUUGUUUCAUUUCCCUUUCCCCUAAUUUGAUUUCUCUAGUUAGGGUUUUGAUUGAUCGCCGGUUUCGAAUACCCAGAGGCUCGCCGUGUCAUAUUGUUGGCAGUUUUCGGUUAAGGUUGAAAAAGUUUGAUUUUUUGGUGUUGGUUGGUUGAGGGUUGUUUGGUUUUUCCUUGCGAUCGAGAAUGGGUGAAGCUUCGGAAGCUGGUUCCACUGACUGUUUCAGUCAGAUGAUGUCGUCGAUGCCAGGUUUUCGCUUCCAUCCCACGGAUGAGGAGUUGGUUAUGUACUAUCUGAAGCGGAAGAUUUGUGGGAAGAGGCUUAAGCUCGACGUGAUUCGUGUAACCGAUGUUUAUAAGUGGGAUCCUGACGAUUUGCCUGGGCAAUCUAUACUGAAAACUGGAGAUAGGCAAUGGUUCUUUUUCUGUCACAGAGAUAGGAAGUAUCCUAAUGGUGGAAGGUCCAACCGAGCAACCAGACAUGGGUACUGGAAAGCCACAGGAAAGGAUCGUAAUGUGGUAUGCAAUUCUAGGACAGUUGGAGUGAAAAAGACACUGGUUUUCUAUGUAGGCAGAGCUCCUAGUGGUGAGAGGACUGAUUGGGUUAUGCAUGAAUACACCAUGGAUGAAGGGGAGCUUAAGAGAUGCCAAGGUGUUAAGGACUAUUAUGCACUUUACAAGGUUUACAAGAAAAGUGGACCUGGUCCUAAAAAUGGGGAACAGUAUGGUGCACCAUUCAAUGAAGAAGAGUGGGCAGAUGAUGACAUAGUAGAUUUUAAUGAUAACAAAUCUGAUCAGGUGGCUCCAAAUGAUGUUCCUGGGGAUUAUAGUGCACUGCAGCCUUUGCUUGAUGAUGAAAUUGGUGACAUCAUUAGAGAAAUCUUGGAUGAUGAGCUUGUCCUUGAGCCUCAGCAUCUGAAUGGUUAUCCCGACUUUCCUCAGGUUGUUACAGAAGAAACGCAAAGUACCAUUGCGGAUCAGUUCUCUGAGGAUGUCGUGUUCCCUGAGCAAAUCAGUAUCUUUCAUCCUAACAGUCAGUUUUUUGAUGCACAGCCCAGCUUUGACUUCAAUCAGGCAGUUACUUCUCAGUUACAUGUUUCUGAAGCAUCUGAGGUCUCUUCUGUUUCCAACAUUAAAACAAAGGGGCUUGACUUCCAUGAGGAUGGCUUCUUGGAAAUUGAUGAUCUCAAUGAUACUGAACCUACACUGUCAAAUUUGGAAAAACCUAUGGAGUACCAGCAGUUUGAAGAUGGGUUAAGUGAACUUGAUCUGUAUCAAGAUGCUGAGAUGUUUCUUCGUGACUUGGGGCCAAUUAUUCAUGAAACAGAUUCACAUGCAUAUUCAAAUGCUCUUGUCAGCAGCAAUUUUGAAAGUCAAAAUUGCCAGUUGCUGCCCAAUCUGGAGGAUGCUAAUCAAACUGUUAGUGAGUUCUGGAUGCAUGGUGAAAGAAACACCCAGAGUCAGUCAGAAGGCUUUGUUGAUUCGUUCUCCCUAUCAUCCCCAGGUGUUGUAUAUGAAUCUGUCAGCUUUCCUACGGAAGGCAAUAACAAUCAAAGUAGCACCUUGGAAGAUGUUGCUACAAGUAGCUUCUCCUCUGCUCUCUGGGCUUUUGUUGAGUCAAUACCUACUACUCCUGCAUCAGCUGCUGAAAGUGCUUUGGUGAACCGAGCUUUGAAUCGAAUGUCUAGCUUCAGCAGGCUGAAGAUCAAGCAUACAAACAUUGCUGCAGGUAAAGACACUGCAACUAUGAAGAGAGCAGGCAGAAAGGGACUUCAAUUCCUUUUCUUCCCGAUUCUUAUUGCUUUAUGUGCUUUCUUGUGGAUUUUUAUCGGAAACUUAAGACUAUUAGGGAGAUGUAUCUCUCCUUGAAUAUAUUAAUAUAUAUGUAUAAAUCAAAAGUUUUGCUGCUAGGUAUAUUUUGUCAGGGAUCUCCCAGAAUGACUGUUGUCUGGGAUCUCCCAAGAAUUGCCAAACAGUGCUGUUCUAACAUAUUCUGAAAAUAAAAAAAAAAAUCUUUGUGAAUAUUGAAGGCAAUAUAAUAUAAGGCUUAGGGUAUGCCUUACGUGCCUUAAUUCAAGAGAAGGCGCUGUAAAGGAAUUUAAAUGGCUAACUGUGGUAACGUAAUUCUCAACAAUGUUACCGAGUUUUUAAAAUCGUCUAAUCAUAUUUUUGUAAUAGUUUAUUUGGUUUGUUUUUUUGGGUUCCUAUGUAAUAUAUUGUGCAUGGAGAUUGAUUGUACAUGGCUAAGAUCUCAUUUUGUGGAAUAUUUCUUGUAUUUAUAAUGAUCUUUUGUUGGUGGUAA